UUGGUGGAGUAUAAUUGAGCGAUCCAUCGCAAGCAUGGGGUCUGGAUCGACGGAUUACGCUCUGAUCCAAAACGACGAAGAGGCGGGGACAAGUUUGGAGCCCGUGAGUGGAUACAGUCCCAGCUUUACAAUCUCAAAGAAGCUCCUGUGUGAGUUCCUGGGCAGCGUGGUCCUCUUGCUCGGAGGAGCUGGGAGCGCCAUUAUCAACACGCAAACGAAUGGAGCGCUGGGAAUUCACGGCCUGGCGGGAGGAUCCGCGAUUGCAGUGGCGAUUGUCAUCAUGUCCACGGGACACAUCUCGGGCGCUCACAUCAACCCGGCAGUCACUCUUGCCUUCGCCACAUUCAGGCAUUUCUCAUGGAUCCAGGUGCCUCUCUACAUAGUGGCGCAAUUGGCUGGAUCCCUGGCUUGUGCUUUCCUCCUCAAAGGGAUGUAUAAUCCCGAUCACCUGGCAACCGGCGUCACUGUUCCAGCCGGGUCAACGCUCCAGUCGCUCCUCUUUGAGAUUGUUCUCACGGCGGUCCUCAUGUUUGUCAUCACCAGCGUCGCCACUGACACACGAGCAGUUGGAGAGUUGGCUGGAAUCGCCGUUGGCCUGGCUGUCUACUUGGACAUUUUGCUUGGGGGCUAUGUCUCUGGAGCUUCCAUGAACCCCGUGCGAACGCUUGGGCCGGCGGUGGCGGCUAGAGACUUCAGAGCAUUGUGGAUCUAUUUCGUUGGACCGGUGGUGGGAGCUCAGAUUGGAGGUGGUCUCUACACGCUCAUACGCUUCAAAGACCAUACCGAGCGUAGGAAGGUGUUCAGGAAAGAGUAAGAAUAUCUGGAGUUCAUGCUUAAGGUUUUAGAAAUUUGUGUAAGCAUGGCAUGUAGUAGCAAAAUGAUCCGACUUGCGACAGCUGCGGUAGCGUGCUCGAGUGGAUCAAACAAAAAGGAAAUCAAAGAAAAGGAACUCGCUAGGCUGCCUCUGCGGCGGCUUGCGAUUUUA